GGGCCCGCGCCCUCCCGGGGGGCUAUAAAUAGAGCGGGAACCGAGCCCAGAGCGCGGCGGGAAGGCCCAGGGCCAAAGGCAGAGACGCAGAGAGAGAAACAGCGGGAGACAGAGGCAGGGAGAGUUCGGGGGUGAGAAAAUUCGCGAGGGAAAAAUAGAAGUAGCACAUGCAACAGUGACAGAUCCGGCUAAGCGGCGAGAGAGGGAGGGAAGGAACGGGCAGAGAGAGCGGCCCGGGCUCUGGGUUCGCGGCCGCAUGGAGGAGACGGAGGCGGGCCCCGCGGGCUGCCCGUGCCAGGGCGGGUGCGGGACCCACCAGGCCAUCCUGUACACCCUCCUGCGGGCCGGGCCGGGCCCCGGCCGGGCCCAGCGGCGCUGUCCCUGCCACCGGCGGCGUCGGCGGCCCGUGUCCCUGCUCGCGCCUCAGCGCACCUGCCGGGCGGCCUCGGCCGUGCUGGUGAAGACGGUCAGCUUCAUGAGGAACCUGCCCUCCUUCCGCCUGCUGCCCGCCGGCGACCGGCUGCUCCUGCUCCGGCGCUGCUGGGCCCCGCUCUUCCUGCUGGGCCUGGCCCAGGACGCCGUGGCCUUCGAGGUGGCCGAGACCCCCGCGCCCGCCCCGAGCAUGCUCCAGCGGAUCCUGCUGGACGGCCGGGGCCGCCCGCGCCGGGAGCCCGAGCCCGCUCGGCCCACGCUGGCCGCCGUGCAGAGGCUGCAGUGCUGCCUUCACACUUUCCGGGGCCUGGACCUCGGCCCCAAGGAGUACGCCUACCUCAAGGGGGUCUUCCUCUUUAAUCCCGACGUGCCGGGCCUCCGGGCCUCCGCGGCCAUCGAGAGCCUCCAGUGCGAGGCUCAGCGGGCGCUGCGAGAGGAACUGCUGCCCCGGCACCCCCAAGACCGGGGCCGCUUCGCCCGCAUCCUGCUGGUCGCCUCCACCCUCCAGUCCAUCCCUCCGGCCCUGGUGCGAGAUCUCUUCUUCCGGCCGGUCAUCGGCGAGGCCGACGUCGCCGGGCUCCUGGCCGAGAUGCUCGUCGGUGCCCAGGCCCGGGCCUCCUCCCCGCAGGGUCCGCUGCAGAUUUAGGGGGCAGGGGUCGCGGAGAGAAGGCAGGGCCGGCCCGGAGGGCCCGGGAGCCGCUGCCAACCGGAGACUUCGUCGUUUGCACAGAACCUCGUUAAAUUAUGGCAUUUUUUAAAAAAAUAAAGUCG